AUGUCAGCUAGAUCUACUGAUGAUACUUAUUUUUAUGCUGAAUCUGAUAAAAUAGAACAAAUAAUGCAUAAAAAUAAAAUUUUAAAAGGAAUGAAAACUAUAUUAAAAGAACAUGGAUUAUGGAAAAAUAAAUUAAAAGCAGAUUGUCAAGAAUGUAAAGAUAAUAAUUUUGAUGAUAAUAGAAGAGAUU